ACAUUUCUUUUCUUGUUAUAAAUAGGAUCCAAAAGAGGAUAGAGUUUCACAUUUCAAAUACUUUUGUUCAUCAAUGGCAAAGCAAAUCUCAAUGACGCUUCUCCCUUUACUCCUUCUUCUUCUUCUUUUCACUUCAAUAACAGAAAUGGUGGAAGGGACUAAGAAAACACAUGGAGUAACUGACAGCAACAACUCUGUAAAAUUGUUUGUAUUUGGAGACUCGUAUGUUGACACAGGCAAUUUCUUGGAUUCACCAGCGUACAGACCUCCUUAUGGAAUGACAUAUCCUGGUAAACCUGCUGGAAGAUUCUCCGAUGGUCGUGUCCUCUCUGAUUACAUUGCCUCAUUUCUGAAAAUUAAAACCCCUACACCAUACUCUUUGAAGAAUCCCUCAAAUCUACAAUAUGGAAUCAACUUUGCUCAUGGAGGAGUUGGUAUUUUCGAAACAUUAACUAAAGGACCAAACAUGACUGUUCAAAUCGACUCACUCGAGAAUCUAAUCAAACAAAAUGUUUAUACCAAACAAGACCUCGAAUCGUCGGUUGCCCUUGUAGCCGUUUCUGGAAACGAUUACACUGCUUUCAUAGAAAAAAAUAAAAUCAUUACGGAGAUAAAAUCUUUUACAAAAACUCUUAUCAAGCAAUUAACAAUAAACGUUCAGCGCAUUCACAAUUUAGGAGUAAACAAAGUAGCAAUUGGUUUAUUGGAACCUAUUGGAUGUUUGCCUCAAAUAACUGUGGUAACUUUUCAUCUUACUUGCGUUAGUCCUUUAAAUUUGGUAGCCCGAUAUCACAAUGAAGUAUUGCUUCAAACUGUAAAACAACUUAACCAACAAGUUGGAAAAUCGGUUUUCGUUACACUAGACCUCUACAAUGCUUUCCUUUCUACCAUUGAAAUGAUGCAGAAAAAUCAAGAUGAAAACUUGAAACUGCUGAAUCCAUUAUUAAAACCUUGUUGUAAUGGAGAUGGUUUUAAAAAUUCUUGUGGAGUUGUGGAUGAUAAGGGAAAAAAGAAAUAUAGUUUAUGUGAUAAACCAGAGGCUUCAUUCUUUUGGGACUAUGUUCAUCCUUCUCAAAAUGGUUGGAAUUCUGUCUACCAACAGUUGCAAUCUUCACUUGGUCAACUUAUUGAAAAAAAUUAACAUUUGAUUUCCAUGAACUUGUAAUAAUCUUCUGGCAUUAUGCAUUUUAUUAAAAAAAUUAUUCUUAUA